AUGUGCGACCUGAGGAUGGGAACACGUAUUAUGGGAUACAUGUGGAGUUUGACUUAUCCACUCAUCGAUACACUAAAGCUUCAAGUGAAGGAAACAAGUAAGAGACACCACCUUUAAGAUGAUAACAGAUAUGAAACAAGCAUGUCCCCCGAUUAGGGUAUUUCGAGUUUUUCACAGAUCAUAGUUACUUAUCGUAGUUUUUUUUUCUCUUUGAACUAGUUGCUAUUCAUGGCUGGGAAUGCUACUUUUCACUUAAAUUAAAUUCCCUUAUUAACUUACUCUCUCAUUUGGUGAGGCUUCCGUUUCUGUUUUAUUCUCUAAUUUUCUACCAUAAGCUUUCUGAAGUGUUCCGAUCAUGAUAGUUACCAUGUUCUUAUCUUAAAUCGAACAAAACAUGAUUAGGCGUUUCAGAUAAUAUAAAAGUCCUAAGCUCAUAUAGAAACCAUAGCAACCAAUUCACAUUCAUGGUUUCCCUUCUUGAAAUAUUUUGGAACUUCCUUCAGGUCCUUGAACAUGAUGGCCGUUUCUUAGACCAUGGUUUUCAUGGAAGAGUUUAAGUCCUUUGUCCCCAUUCUAAAACAUGACACACACCCGUCUACUCCUGAUGUUAUGUGACCUGGCGUUAACAUAGAGGAAGAGCAGCAUCUCGAUGCAUACAAUAUCCGAAUGGGAAAAAUGGUGUGGAGUGAAUUAUUUUAGCAAUUUAGAAAAAGUGAAGAGUAGACAUGUUGGUUAGAUAACACCAUUUUUGCAGCAAUUUCCAAGAGAUAAACGUGGAGAAAUUUCUUUGCAUGGUCACCGAUGAGGAAAAUAAACUUUCUUACCUUGAAUAGUCAGUUGAUAAAACACGAGUAAGCAAGCAGAAAUCUUCAGUUAGAGCUAUUUGCUGGAAAUUUUAGUUUAUUUGCAACUUCUCCUUAAUCUUUAACAGAUAAAAAACAGAGAUUUACUUUGAAACCCAGCAACCCAACAAUAGUCUACAAGGGUGAGAAUGUUUCUCUAGAAUGGCGCUAUCAUCAUCCGAGACAUAUGAAGCUUGUUGAAGUUUUCUUUGGAAUUUGGACGAAUCCUGUUUCAGCGGCCGACCAGAGUCUCGUUGCCGUCAACGGUAGUGGCGCUGUUGAAGUGAGAGAGGAGUACAAGUCGCGAUUAAGUUGGAAAGUGAACGUAACAUCCUCGGUGGCUGUGUUUGUUCUUCACAAUGUGCGACCUGAGGAUGGGGACAAGUAUUAUGGGAUACAUGUGGAGUUUGACUUACACUAUCCACUCAUCGAUACAUUGAAGCUUCAGGUGGAAACAAAAUGUAAGGGUCGCAUGGUCUGCGCAGAUUUUGCAAUGAUUACCGAGGGCGAAGCACGAAUCAUCAUUUAUCACACGAUAAUCGCUUACGUUUCUGGUGCAAAGCUACUGCUUUUUCAAAACUUCGCAAUAUGGAAAACAUGACAGGCUCAUGUUUUUAUUCCAUUAUUCUAUUUGUUAUUUACAACAACAUCCUGCCAAGCUACUCACUGUUCCGAACAGUCACCGUCUAUCAUGGAAUAGAUGGCAAGUAGUGUAGCCAAUUAGAUUGCAGCAAUUGUCAUGGAACGCUGAACGAUUCAUUUUCUUCCUGUAUAUAUGUGUAUACAUAACUUUGGUUAAUCUCUCACAUUUGAUAAUGAUGACAGGAUGCAUCGAAGCUUCAUGUUCCGCUUUUCUCGUAAAUUUUCCCGUUCAAACUGGAUCUAAAUUUAGGAUGGAGGGAGUUCGUCUUACGCUGCAUGAAAUGAAAACACUCGUUAGUUAUUAUCUAUUGCCUACAUUGUUUGUUUUGCUUCUGUUGCUAUUUUUGUCGUUUGUUCUCGUCGGUGACACUAGCCAUUCUUUAUUUGAACGCCGCAGAUAUUCCAUUAAUCAAGUUCGUCACAUCUCCACGCCCGCUCAGGAUAGGACAGUCUGUAAGCCUUAACUGUAUAGCAAGCAAAAGUAUGGCUCCUGUUAAAGUCGCGUGGUAUAGGGAACAAACAGUUUUGGCUAGUGGCAUUUCUGAGGCGGUAGUCACCCGCAACAUCACGUCCGAGGACUUUGGCGAGUAUACAUGUAUCGCUGAAAACCACGAAGGAGAAGACAGAAAGAGUGUUUACCUUAGAGGUAGGAUGAAAACAUACAAGUUACUUUGGUUAUUUCACCCUAUUAAAAAAUAUUCUCUUGAUAUCUAAUUUUUCACGUCUAGUUUCAGCGAAAUCGUACCUCUUUUGUUUUUAGUAUUAUUUUCAUAAACAGGAGGCAAUAGACCUGAAAUUUGGGACUUGGGUGAAUGGUUGGAAUCUCAAACGGAACUCUUCUAUAUCAAUGAAAUAAACUUUUCAGGCUCCUAUUUUUUCAUUACGUCAGUAGCAGAAAGUGAACCAACAUAUGGAACCACAACAAAAAUUGAUCAGACGGCUUUCCACACUCACUCAGGUAAAGAAUCAUCGUAUUUCGCAGAAACCUUUGAACUCUAGUCAGAAGUGAUUAAACUUUACCUUACGCGGGGUGAAAUAUUUAACGUAUCUGCGCUCUAAAUCUCUCUCACGAAUACACCUGGAGUCUCUCCAAUUCCGAGAUAGACUGCCGACCCAUCAAAGGUUUUGCUUCUAUGUGAGAUUUGUUUUAUCCAAUUCGUUGGAUACGGAGGGGCCAUCAUCAAAACGGAGUUGACAUGGCAAAACCACCCGCCUGUGUACCUGGAUGUUUUGUAAGCGUAACCGCGGAAGAAGUGGCAAGCCGAAGCUCUGCUUCCCGAUCUGGCAGUUCUGCCGCUUAAAUUUUAUUUGCAGGCAGAUACACUGGUUAUCCAAUUACCAGUUACUCUCAAGAUUGAUUAAAUCAAUCUACACGUUUGACAACUGAAUCAAAGAUGAUCAAAAAACUAUGCAUUUGCAUCUACCCUAGUUUCGUCAUGCCAUCCUUCUAGUAAAAGGCUCCUACCGUGAAAAACAUGAACCGACCCAAAUUUAUUUUUUUUUUAUGAUUUUACAACAGAGAUUGAAGGAUCAGUAAAACCAUCUGUCUUUGUUGUGGAAGGGACAUUCUCACGGAAAACAGAAGUGUUGAUCGAUGGAUCCUUGGUCGCUAUUAUAAUAGCACUCAGUGUCAGUGUAAUCAUCUUUACUGGAUUUGGUUGUUUCUUGCGAAUAAAAUACAAGCCCACGAAGGAAAAUCCUGAGAGUAAGUACAUGAAAUAUUUCUUGGUGAAAAAGAAAAGGUAUAGUGAGUGCGCUAACAACCAAAAGUUGGGGAUCAAAUUUAACACUCAUUUUAAAGAGUUUAAAGAAGAAGCUGGCAAAUUGUUAAAACACGAUAAGAAAAGUUUAUUCAGCUAUAACCACGCAAGAAAACAGAAAAGGGGAAUUCUGACAGCUUUAACUGAUGAGAUAGUACAUUUAGUGGGUUAAUAGAGUUUGCUGACGAUGAUUGAGGAGUAAUAGUCUCUUUCUAUCAAAAUCUCUCCCUUCCACAGGACACCAAGACAGGAGAAGGUGAGUGUCAUUCAUAAACUGGAUUGAGGCCACUCCAACCUCGAGACCCAGGGGCGGCCAGUCGAUGUGACCACUCAAGAACGUAAUUAAGUGUGUGGCUGAUUGAUAGAACAGGCAAUUCCAAUGCAAAUAAUUUUAAAGAAAGCUUUCACUCCUCCGUUCAUCACUUAGAUGAAUUAGCAACGCUGUUGAUUAUUUUGUGAGUUAAAGCAAGUAAUGCUGCUCAAUUUUCUUCUAGAAUAACAGCUUAUUCAUUUACACCAGAAAUGGAUCUCUCGUCUGAAGCGGUAAGAGAUAUUUCAUUAGAGAGGAGUAAGGUAUGUUUCAUUUAGAGCAGUGAUCUGUUAAUAAAAUACUACCAUAUUGUAUGAGAAUGGGGUUUGGCUGCACGCGUUACGAACUUUACUAUUAUUUGUACUGUCUUUUAAUUUGCUUAAAAACUCUGUGAUAUGCUCGUCUUUUCCUUUGGUUUAACUCUUUCGACUAGUACUAGUGACGAAUGUUCCAAAUUUAUAGGCCCAAGGUACUGUCGAAGAAAGAACUUCCGUUUUACCAUCAGAAACACAUUUUGGUAUAGAAGAUACUUCGUUCAUGGCAGAACAACGAGAGACAUCGAUACGAAACACAGAAAGCAUCUACAAGAAGCCAAGAGCAUCGCAAUGUUUGUUGUUGGCAACAUUUAAACCUGAAAUGAACCCUACAGCUCUUGAAACUAAACCAUACGAGUUACCAACAGGGCCUAAAACAUUUAAUUCUUCCGAGGAAUGUGAAAGGAGUAAUAGCUCAACUGCAAGAACUUGUCUUUCUGAACAUAACCUUCAACCUUCAGCCGGUUUUGAAAACACAGAGAGUGGCAGAUUCAGCCACGGAGAGACCCAGAUGGUGUGCUCAACACGCCCCCGGCCUAAGCCAAGGAAAAAAUUCAAUAGAAAAGCACCAGGAACAUUACCUGUGGAAUGUCUGCGAAGCAACCCUUUGUGUGAUGAAGCAGGAGUUGAACACUGCGCACGCGCCAAAGUAUCAGAUCAAAUAGAUAUUGACGGCUCCACUCCUCAAACUUUCCGCGGAAAAACGUCCUAUCUAAAUGCAAGCUUGCCAAAAGCCCUUUGUAAGAACGCAGCAUAUCAAAAUUCAUCUCAGCUGCUAACAGCAGUUCAGGUGGAGUCACCAUAUACCCUCGUGUUCAGCAACAAAAAAUGGGAAGUUCCAAGUGAUCAUUUAUCACUGAUUGAGCGAAUUGGCGGUGGCACAUUUGGUGAAGUGUGGAAGGGUAGAGGACUGGAUGUUUGUGGUACUCAAGGCUGGUCUUUUGUCGCUGUUAAAAUGCUGAAGGGUGCGUAUGAUGCGCUUCAUUAUUUUCAAAAUGAGUAACAUUUGUCACUGGCAUGGGACAAGGGGAAUUCAAAGGUCGAUUUUAUUAAUGAUUUGGGCCUGAAUCAUCGCGGUCGAUAAUUCUAAUAACUGAGGUCUGCACGGAGAGCUAAAGCAAGACCGUUACAGCAAUUGCGAUCAGUGUAAUUAAUAAUAACUAGCACUCUUUUGCAGAAAACUUCUCAAAGUCAGACCUGACGGAUUUGUUGUCUGAGCUGGACUUGCUGAAGAAACUGAAACCUCAUCCUAAUGUGAUUCAACUUUUGGGCUGUUUAACUAAGGAUGUUAUUCGAUGUGAAGGAAGGCGCACGUUCAGUAAGUUUCCGUGAUCAGUAUUGAUAAAAACUAUUGACUAAUCAUCACGAAUUACACUUUUGACAGGGACGGUGUAAUACCGGGUAUUGUGAUCAUCGAGGUAGUCCUGAGGUAAAUCCAAGCGUCCUGAUUGGUUCUUACUUAGUGCAUGUUUUUCCAUACGGACCGUUUCCAAAGAAAUGAUCAAAAGCUGCGCAAAUCUGGUGGUGAAAGCUGGCAAAUUCAAAAUAGACAGGUUUGGUGCGAGUCCUAUAUAAUAAACUACUGACUAACCGCACUUGUUCAAGCCAAGCUGGGGUGUUUUGGCCCUCGGUCGUUUUUGCACAGACGUCGCUGCGAUUUGUUUGUACUGCCACAACCUUGGGCCAGUAUUCCCCAGUACGGCCCUCACGUCCGGUAAGUAAGAGGUUAAUUUUACGGCACUGACUUCUUACAACUACUGGCUUUGGAAAACCUAAAAUGUCAUUGUUUUAUUACAGAACCACCCCUUGUUAUUCUGGAGUUUGUCCCUCACGGAGAUCUUCUUGGGUUUUUGAAAAGAAGUAGAGGGGAGACAGAUGAUUAUUAUGAUUUGAAAAGGAAAGAAAUUCCAAGAAAAAUAUCCAUACAACAACUUUACAAAUUCGCGUCUGAUAUCGCGCGAGGAAUGGAAUUCAUUUCAGCUCAUCAGGUAUACGUUUUAACAGAUACAGAUAUACAAUUGUAUACUCUCUAUCUCGCGUGUGUUGAUUACGAAAGCAAAAACUUAAUGGCGUAAUGAUCUUUUUUUGCUUAUUUGGUAUGUAUUCGCAAGGGCACUAAUUAUAUAGAGGAAAAUGAUUGGAGCACUCUUAAUGGACCAGUAGUUAUUUUUUUAUCGCCGGGGAGGAGGGGGGUGGCCCGAAGGAUUCCUGUUGUGGUAUAACAACAAAAUUUACCAUUUACCUGAUCCCCCCAUAAGGCUCUAUAAUAUCAUUAUGACCCUCACUCCUUAUUGGCACCCCUGAAAACUAUGUGUCUCCUCCUUAAACCCUCCACCCCUCCUCCCAGGAGGUAGAUCAUGAGUGGUCCCUGAGCGUAGUUAGCAGGAUGCGUACGGUAAGUUGUACCUUUGCAUCUUACUCGUUGAGGACAUGAUUUGGUCUCUUUUUGAUAAUCGAAAAACUUUAUCUGAGAAAAAUCAAGGCAGUUUCCGAUUCACUUUCCUACGCUAAGUUUCCUACGCUUUCCUAAGUUUUAAUACUAAGUCAUUUAGCUCGUACUUUUUCAGCUCAUUCAUCGAGACUUAGCAGCGAGAAACGUUUUAGUUGGAGAGGGUCUACGCUGUAAAAUCACUGAUUUUGGAAUGGCGAGAGACCUGGGAAGAGGUGAAAUAUAUGUCAGGAGGUCUAAUGUAAGUACGCAUGAUCAGUGAUUGCCUUACUCUAAAUUUCGUUUCCAUCAGAGCCCGCUCGUUUCUAUCCUAAGCCUACCACAGGCUUUAGCAGAAUGAUAAAAAAAGAAACCACCGUAUUGUCGCACGACUUAACGUACAUCUUUGCAACUCUACAGGGAGUUGUGCCGGUAAAGUGGAUGGCAGUUGAAUCCUUGACAAAACAAGUUUUUACCAUAAAAAGUGACGUGUAAGUUGAUGUAGAAGAUGUGUAGUUGUAGAAUGAACUUCCCAACACCAAAAUGUUAUUUACCUUACCUUACUGUAUGACCUUCUACUUCUACCGCACCUAGUGAUAAUUAGCCCUCUGAUUUUUUAUUCUUGUUUUCACAACUAGACUUGACAAACUCACUUUAUCGACAUUUGAUUAUAUUGUUUCGCAAAGGAGCCUGGUUGUUUUGCUCCUAGAGAAUUAUAUCAUGACAUGCAGUCAUAAGUACAACUUUAUUCGUAAUUUAACCCACUGGCUUCUGUCGUUUCUGCUCCAGGUGGAGUUACGGUAUUGUUCUGUACGAGAUUUUUACACUCGGUAAGUGAGAACAGGCGAUAAAUCAGUAGCAGGUCCUUAAAGAGACCAUACCUUUAUCCUCUCUUGUUAUGAUACAUUCUACUUUAUACAUACAUCCUACCCAUUAUUACUAGUCUUUUUAGAAUAGUCCUAUAUGUAACGAUCGCAGGUGGAAACCCUUAUGAGGGAAUGUCGGGAGAAGAAGUCCUCCAGUACGUUGCAAAUGGUCACAGGUUACGAAGGACCUCAAAAGUCAGCCCAGAAUUGUAAGUAGACCAACACAGCGCUCUCUUUCUUAAUCUGCAUUUAUCUACUGCGCGCAGCGAGGACUCGGGUGCUGCAAAGUUUACCCAUCGCCUCAAGAUUAUAGGGCGUAACUCACUAAAACAUAAAUUGAGGUAAACUUCUAACGGGAAUAUCGUAGUUCACAUUUAGUGACAAGUAGAGAAAAUUUAAGAGGGCUUAUAGCUGUUGAAAGGGAACUUGGUUAUGAACCACCAUUCAAAUGAAGUUUCUAUUUUUAAUUUCAUAUAUAUUGUGCAAUGGUUGACCUAAGUCUUUACACCCUAUAACAUAACUAUUACAUAUAUUCCACGCUGCUCUCUAUAUUAUUCCUAUUGUACAUAUUAUUCCUAUUAUACUGAGAAAUAGAAUUUGUUGAAAACUUAGGAGAUUCUUAAAUUGGUGAUCAUUUGCUUUAUUCUGAUGACCUUCAUAGCUGAUUUAAGGCUGAUAUUGUAAGGAGACAUUGGAAGCCAGUCACUCUUAGAGGUUAAUGGACUAAAACCGGCGAACAGAUGCAGUUUGAAAGUAUCUCAAUUAGUCCGUGUGAUUGUUUUAUUUUGUUCCUGUUGUUGUUGUUGUUGUCAUUGUACGUUUUAUCGUUUGAUGUUUAUGCCUUUCUUCCGUUUUAGAUAUGACCUGAUGCUGCAAUGUUGGCAGGAGGACUCUUUCAGGCGUCCAACAUUUGGCGCGAUCGCAUCUUGGACCGAAACUCUUGCUUAAUACCCCUGAAAGCAGGAAUGACGCUCGUUCCAAUGUGCACGGAUAGGUGCGAUUCGUAAAAUGAUAUAUGACUGUAGUUCAGAACUCGAUCUAGAAUCCCAGGCAAAAAAGUAGACUAAUGAAAUCUUAUCGGAUAAUGGCGGAUAAACCGUGCUACUUGAAUUCCUCACAUCGACGCCUUUCCCUUGAAUAGUGCAGAGAUUACUACAACUGACCGGGAGAUUCUUUCCGCAUCUGCUAGACUACCGAGAUCGAGUAGGUCUGUAUGACUAUAGAGAGUAAUUCAGAAAGUAACCAAGAGUGUAACAGAGAGUAACCAAGAAAAAAAUUGGUGAAAAUUACAGUAGAAAGUAAUACAGAAGCAAAAAAAUUUCAGGUAACAUAAGGAGGAAUAACAACGUGAGUCUACAAAUCAGUCUUGGUAGCGCAAUGUCCAUGAUGAGCUCGACAAGGAUAACACCAGCCUACGAGAAGCAAAAAAGAACAGCGAAAAACAACGUCCAGCGGAGAUCCAUAGUUGACGCUCUAUGCUCCCCAGUAAGAGCGAAAAUGGCCCAAUCUAUACCUGAUUUACACUAGAACAAGAAGUAGUGGAAACCGUCUCUUCCAGGAGAACACCACUCAUGUGAAACGCUGAAAUUUCAGCUGAAAAUAAGCUAAAAUACAGCGAUAUAAUUGAAUGUCUACCACAUAAUCAGAAGCAUAUCUCGAACAUAGAGAGAUUCGUUUUUUAUGUGGGUCUUCUUCAUAAUUCAAAAUUACUUAGGCGAAGAAUUCACAAGCAAGCCUUAUUCCUCGAUCACGCGUCGUGCAGUCAAAAUGUUGCGAUCUCCGCUAUAAAAAGGGACCGAGAAAGCAUGUCCGUCAUAUUUAGAGAGGUUCAAUUAGACUAGUACUUCAAUUGUGAGUUGUAGUGGAACGAAAGGGCAUUAUUUGAAAUGUGGAAAUGGCUCAAAGUUUCAUUCAAGGAUUAAACAAACGACGCGUAUCAAUGAAUCAUUGUCCUCUUGGUAAAUUAAAUUUUAUUUUCCCAUGUACUCUUGUACCAUGAUACCCCUAUCAAUAACAAGCGGUAUAAACAGCCAGUGGAGAUUGCCAGAACAGGUAUACGCCAUCCACUCUGUACAGCCUUUUCUUUUCCGUUGUAAGCUAAAGCUGGGCCAGAUAAGAAAGUUGAAUAAAUUAGACAAUGAUAUUUUCAGAAUAUCGUUGCUUUUACGUUCCCUAACAUCACUGAUCCUAUCGACUUUUUUUCGCGGAUUGUGCAUCCUAUUUUUACAUUCAUGAAUAAGGUAGACUUUUCUUCUCAGUAAAGGCAUAUUGUGUUUAUAUAAUAAACAAAAUAAUACAUGGUUGCUCGUAGAAAUGGAAUUUCUCUCCCCGUGUUCAACCCUAUAUCUCUGCGCGCCCGUACAUCAUUCCAUAUUUAUAACUUUGUAACUCCAAACAAAAUCACUUAUUUAGAGCACAAAAUAUUCAGGUUUGCUUGACUCCUCACUUUUGUAGUCGGUCCUCACUGCCCCUUCUCCUGCGGCAAAGUUUAUUUUCAUACUCGUACUCUUCCCAGAUUUCUCUUGCUAAAAUCUAAGUGAUGCCUCCCGAGUCUCAUUUUUAUUCUCUCAGAAUAAAACUUCUGUUUUCGUAUCCUUUCCUUAAGUAAAAAGUACCUUUUGCUUUUUAAGAAAGCCGCGGAAUGCACUUGCUUAAAACUUCAGGGUAACAGUACAAGCCGUUUUUCAAUGAGGAAUCUUUAAUAGAAAUAAGUAUUCCAACGGGCAGUAAACUUACUGGGCCGACUAAUGUGGUUUUUCACUGUACCGUUACUCUUAGGCUGUUCACUGAGCUUAUUCUCCUCGGUGGUGACGUGAUCUUUUGUAUGUGUAUGUGACACAUGUGGCAGGGACACCGUUGGAGUCAUUGCAGUUGGGCUCCUAUCUCGCAGUAAAAAUUCUGUAAAAAUAAAAUAUAUGUUAAACGUAUGUUUAGCUGGUUGGCUGCAAGUGCCACGCUUUUCUAUCCCGCCUAAUAAGAAAUGACAUAAAAUAGAGCAGUUGGAUAACAAGAUUUAAUACUAAGAUUGUCCACAACUCGACAUCUCGCUAGUUCGCUGCGCUCACUCGUGAGCUAUCGAGUUCAUAUAUACGCGCGCCCAUGUAUUAUUCUCUAUAUAUCUUGCGAAAAUCGAAUUAAACAAUUGUUUUAUUAUGCAUUUUUUAAACAAUGUGCUGACGAAGACACUUCUCUCUAAGUUUACAGAGCUGGAAACCACUACACAGACGGGAGGCUUGGAAACUAGGCAGACAUGUACAUGAUAAAUCGUGUAAAUACAUGAUUUAUCAUGUCAGCUUCACACGCUAUUGUGUAUUGAUUGAAUGCUAUCGACCAAUCAGACUUUUUUUUUAGUAAUUCUAAUGUCUAAUAACAUUUAUUACUUAUUAUUAGACAGAGGAGAGCCACCCAGUUUGCAUCCAUGUUACAAAGAGGGUGUCGAUGGAGUUAAUCACAAUUUCCUGGUGUCAUAAAUUAAAGACAGGAGUACUUACCACGAACCGUCACAUUAUUAGCAUUAUAAUCGACAUGUAUUUGCUGCAGUGCUCCUGUAAAGUUAACUACAAAAUAAAUAACAACAACCAACAUAUGAAUUAAGAAUUAAAAGAGAACAACCAUCAAGACAUUGAACCAAAAAAAACAACAACAACCACAACAAAGGCGAAAAUAAGUGCUUUUAGCCCUCAAAUAUUUUUAAAAAAAUCUUGCCUUUGAAAACAGAGAAUAUGCGAUGGAUUCUUUCAGAUGGUUAGAUAAAUUAUUAGGCACGACACUCAUAGAGCUAACACAUGUUUCAAAGCUGUGCUUUUAAAGUCAAUCUAUACAAACAACGCAAAAUAAAACCCUGUAUAUGUAACAAAAAACGAUAUAGUACUUACAAGAUAAUUUGGCUUUGUUAUGAAAUAUAAAGUUCGUUUAUAAUUAGUUAGUCAGUUUAGAAUGAUUUGGUCUUUUGUUUGUAUUGAGAAUUUAGUUACAGUAUGAAGUCAUGGUCCGAGGUUAUUUAGUUUUCAGUUAUGGUUUAUGAGUUUCCCAUGGGAUGCUGACUUUGCUUUGAACCCACACAAAAGUUUUUGUUUUGGCUAAUGCAGUCAGAGAUCGGAUGCAUUAUGAUUAAGUACUUUCUUGUUCAUUUCGAGCCUUUACAUCAUCAACAAAUUAUCUUGUUAUACUCCACCACAGACGCAGCACCACAGUUUCUUUAUUCAAUGUUAGUAUUUAGACUUUUUUUUAGUUUAGCGGCCGAAUCGGAAUAAUGCGGUGGCCCACAACCGUCACGGCAAUAACAAAUACCUCACGGCAAAACCGAAAAGCUCACGACAAAACCAAAGGUUCACGGCAAAACAAAACUGGUAUUCACGACAAAACUCUUGGUUUUGAAUUAUAACCACACGAUUAGAGUCGAAUAAGAGGCCAAAAAGAGCGUCUAUUGUCGAAGAAUGGGGUGAAAUAAGUGCUAUUGAUUAUGGACGACUAUUUCAAACGGAUAUAGGCACGCCAGACAGCUUCUCUUGAAACAAGUACUUUGCGAAGCGUCGGCCCCGAAAAGGACUUUUCAAUUUUAAGAUGAAUUUCGGUCGUUUGAAGCUAUAAACUUACCUUUAGACAAACAGUAAACAGUGAAUGUCCAUUGUAUGAAGGCUGUGCAAUAUUUUACACGUUUCAUCGCUCCUACAUGUGCUGAGUCAGCGCAACAAAGAUAAAGCCUUAAGCUAAAAUUCUCGAAAUUCUGCGGUAUCCUGUU